AAUAAACCUGCUGAGGUCAGAGACAGGAGACAAAAGAAACCCCACAUCAUCACAGAGGGACGGGCAGAGGGGAUGGGCAGAGGCAGGGGAGGACUGACAGAAACUGGCAAACUGACUGACCAAUUAAAAGUAAUUUACGUGACUUAAACUAUAGAUUUAAUUUUUUAUAUGUCAGAUUGUUAUUUUCCUGCUGCUGUUUCCAUUCAUUUAUUUUAAAAUAUCAAAAGAGGCUUUGACUGCAUUCACACAUGACAAUUUAUGUUGGGUAACAGAGUAUAUAGUGUCUGUAAGUAGGUCUGAAUAGCAUCAGUAGCCAAUAUGGUGAUAAAUGACUGAUUGAUGAUUGUCCUGUAUACACUAACCCUUGUCAGAAAGCUUUGGUUAGUGCCAAAUACAAACGAUGCAUUCAUUCAUGUCAGGCAGCUCCAGAUGUGGGGCCACACACCACUGAGUUUAUUUUUGGUAUUCUAGCUUCAACAUUACAGAUGGAAACUGUGUAAAUGGGAUAAACUGGCUGUAAUUAUAUUUUGUCUGUCUAAUGAGUGAAAAUCAGGGACUUUAAAACACAGUGUUUUUGCUGAGCUGUACACCUGCACAGGUGCACCUUCUAACACCAACACCAUCUGGUGACAAUGUUUAUAUAUAAAAUCAUAUUUCUACUGCCCCUCUCACGUUUCUAUACAUUGCUUCCUAAAGCACCCUCUUCCAUCCUGCUGUGUGCCUCUCUGCUGCGCCGUUAAUCCCCACAUUCUCCACCCCGAUCCCGGCCCUUUGUGCCGGCCACGCGUUGGACUGCUGACCGGGGUGCGAACAUACCGGAGCGCCUUUGUUUCCGAGCCUCAGCAGCACUAUAGGAUCUGCUGAGCUGGUCGCUGCAGCAGGACAACAGCAUCCAGCGGCCGCGCAGCUGCGCCGGGAGCGCGCCUCGUUCCUGCUGCAGUGUCAAAUGGACAUUACGCACUGACCCAGCCAGAGGCGAGGACGCGCAAUAGUAGGCGCGCUCCCAGACCGUCGGUAUAAAACUGAAGCGCCAGCUUCUCCGAAAGCUCUACGCGAGGCAGGCGGUAGGCGCGUAACACUCCCAGCUCUUCUAAUAAAGUGCCAAUCUAGGAGCAAAGAUGUACAGAACUACAAGAUCCCCCAUGAUGCAGCCGCUGGUCAACUCAGGAAUGGGCCUGGCUCCUUUCUUCAAGGUGACUGUGUUCGAGCAGGAGCAUUUCCAGGGAAAGUGUCUGGAGUUCACUUCUGAGUGCUGCAACAUCCAGGAGUGUGGACUGGACAACAUCCGCUCCAUCAGGGUGGAGAGCGGAGCCUGGGUGGGUUUCGAGCACCAUGACUUCCAGGGCCAGCAGUUCAUCCUGGAGAGAGGAGAGUACCCCCACUGGGACGCUUACAGUGGCUCCAUCUCCUACCACGUGGAGCGUCUCAUGUCUCUGCGCCCCAUCUACUGCGCCUCCCACCAGAGCAGCCGCAUGAUCAUCUUUGAGAGGGAGAACUUCAUGGGCCGCAGUGUGGAGAUCGGCGACGACUACCCCUCUCUGCAGGCCAUGGGCUGGAUGAUGCCCGAGGUUGGCUCCAUGCACGUGCAGUGCGGCGCCUUUGUGUGCUACCAGUUCCCUGGCUAUAGGGGCCAGCAGUACAUCAUGGAGUGCGAGAGGCAUAGUGGAGACUACCAGCACUGGAGGAACUGGGGCUCCCACUGUCAGACCCCCCAGAUCCAGUCCAUCAGACGCAUCCAGCACUGAGAGGAGGACAGGCUGAGACUGAGGCCACGGCCCACGGACAGCAGCUCCCCUCCACCCCCCAUCCCUUUACCCACAAUCCCCUCCUCUAUUUCCUCCUCUCUCUCUUCAAUCCUUUCCUUCCUCUUGACUUGAGACGCAAAACAGCCGCCCCAACCCGACAACACUACUGAUACACAGCCGCUGCCACAGAGUGUGAUAAGAGACAAUAUCGCACUGUUAAAGCACAGGGAAACACACACACACGCUGACAUAACUGACACUCAGCACAGUGUCUUUUUAUUUGGUUUAGAGGUGUCUAUGCACACAAACACACACCUGCGCUGUACUCUCACCUGAGCUCGGCGAUGAGAAUUCGAACGGAGGGGAGAUGAAGCUCCACCGUGUCCAGGAAAACCUCCCCGGCUGCACUCGCUCUGUGGUGCAGCUCAGAUGUGUUUUGUUGUUGUGUGUAGGAGGUUGAUCCACAGGUUGAUAACUAAUAAAGUCAUUUUCACUUCA